UCCCCCCCCAUUCCGGCAGUGGACUCGGCUGCAAGGUCCCGAGGCCCAAAGUUCCCGGUCAACUGUUUCCCGCCAGGGCUGCGUCGUGGAGGUCUCGGCGGCCGGGAGCACCGCGCGGGAGGUGGAAGCCGGAGACCCGGACGGGGUCGCGGUGUCUGGAGCCCUUUGCGUCCACGCGGUGCGUGUGCGGGAUCGUGCCAGGAGGAACGCGUGUCCCCAUCGCCGAUCCCGCUCGUCCCACGGCCCCUAGGCCUCUGGGACCCCACUUGCCGAACCAGCCCGCAUGGCAGACAAGAAACUGGUGGUGGUGUUUGGAGCCACAGGUGCUCAGGGAGGCUCAGUGGCCCGGACCCUCCUGGAAGAUGGGACGUUCAGGGUUCGAGUGGUGACGCGGGACCCUGGGCAGAAGGCAGCAAAGGAGCUGAGGCUGCAGGGUGCAGAGGUGGUACAGGGAGACCAGGAUGAUGAGGCCAGCAUGGAGUUGGCCCUGACUGGGGCCCAUGCUGCCUUCAUUGUGACCAACUACUGGGAAAACCGAAGCCAGGAGCAGGAGGUCAAGCAGGGAAAGCUGCUGGCCGAUCUGGCCAAGCGCCUGGGCCUUCACUACGUGGUCUACAGUGGCCUGGAGAACAUCAAGAAGCUGACGGCCGGGAGACUGGCAGCGGGCCACUUUGAUGGCAAAGGGGAGGUGGAGGAAUAUUUCCGGGACAUCGGAGUUCCCAUGACCAGCGUGCGGCUGUCCUGCUAUUUUGAGAACCUCCUCUCCUACUUCCUGCCUCAGAAAGCCCCCGAUGGAAAGAGCUACUUGCUGAGCUUGCCCAUGGGUGAUGUGCCCAUGGACGGCUUAUCUGUGACCGACCUGGGUCCCGUGGUGCUCAGCCUGCUGAAGAUGCCAGAAGAGUACGUCGGUCAGAACAUUGGGCUCAGUACCUGCAAGCACACAGCAGAAGAGUACGCCGCCCUGCUCUCCAAGCACACCGGGAAAACCGUGCGCAAUGCCAAGACAACCCCAGAGGACUACGAGAAGUAUGGCUUCCCUGGCGCCCAGGACCUGGCCAACAUGUUCCGUUUCUAUGCCCUGAAACCUGACCGAGACAUCGAACUGACCCUGAAGCUCAACCCCAAGGCCAGGACGCUGGAACAGUGGCUGGAGCAGCACAAAGGAGACUUUGCUGGGCUCUGACCCUGCCACCUCUCAGCCCCAUCUGGGGGACGGGAGGGACAGUCACAGUGAUCCCUUCUUGUGUUACAAAAAAAAUUAUUUUUUAAAUAAAGGCCAUUGUUCUCACA